GGCGGUUUGUGCUGGGCCUUCCCAGGGUGGGGGGAGGAGGGGUCGGCAGCUUCCACCAGGUCCCCAGGGGGCCCGUGACCCCAAGUGCGGAGUCCGUGUGGGUGGCCUCGAAGCGUCUCCAGCAUCCCCCGUCCACGACCUCAGCUCCAAAGUUGCCUGUGAGUAUCAUUAUUUUUCAAUAUCCUUAAAAACGUCAAGAGAGAAAGGAAAGAGGCCAGAAAUCUCUGCUUCCUCUCAGCCAGGAAACAGGAAGUGAGUGUGCGGGGAGAUUGCGAGCCAGCCUGCAGGAACAAUGGGGCCCCCCCAGGGAAAGGGGAACUGCGUCAAGCAAGCAGCCAGGGUGGGGGGCCCGCCUGACCUCUCCCGGCCGUGCGGGGGCCCCGCGUAAAUUUAGUCUGGGUCUUUCCUGAUGAAAAGCUCCAGUGCCCUGCUGCUGGGGGGAGGGGGCGCGAGGCCCACCGUGGCCCCCGGGCGUCGGGGCCCCUGGCCUCUUAGGGUCCAUCCAGCUGUGCCCUCCUCUCCCCUAUGGGUAAACCGAGGUCCAGAGGGGAAGAGCCUGGCCUGGGGGCCGUGCGGUGUGGGGAAGGCACACCAGCGCCUGUGUGGUCAGGGCUGCCGGUCGUCCCCGGAGGGGCCCCAGGCCCAGGACGCGAGGAGAAAGGCCUCCCCUCACGCCCCCUGCCUCAACGUACCACCUCACGCCCUGCCGUUAAGGGAAAGCACGCCUGGCGGAGGCGGAGGGAGGGCAGCAGCGAACGGGCGCCGUGCCAGGCCUGGCUCUGGGCCCCUGGUGGCGCGAUCUCAGGCCGGGUCCAGGGGGGCCGUGACUCCUCAGCCCCACGGGUCAGCGUGGCGUCUCUGGCGCGGGCCCACGGAGCCGUAAGUCACACGGCGCACGGCGCCCUCUCUCCAGCGGUGCAAGUCCGCGGAGCGUCGUCUGGUGACGACGCCCGGCGGCCGCCAUCACGGCCGAUCUCAGAGCCCUUCCCUUGCUUCGAAAGCAGCCUGGAGCUUUGAGCGGUCGCCCCCGGAGCCCUCCCGUCCCGUCCCCGCUGUGCCUUCCGUGUCCAGACGUGUCCGUUCUGGAGUUUCACGUGAGUGGGAUCCCAUGCCGUGUGGCCCUUGUGUCAGGCUUCUCAGCACGUGCCAGGCUCGUGGGUUCCGUGGCGCGUGUCCGUGCCGCCCGGGGUGGUCUGCCUCGUCCUGUCUGUUCCUCAACCGGCGGACGUCGGGUCGUUUCUACCCUCUGGCUGUCGUGAACCCUGCGAACGCCCGCCCAGAUUUUUCCGCGGAUGCGGACGCUCACUUCUCUCAGCCCCAGGAAGGCCGGAGGAGCCACUGAGGUCCUACGGGGACCCUGGGACGGCAUAGGAAGGGCACCCGUGGCGUGGAGCUCGUGGCCUCCUCUGGGCCGGCUCGAAGCUCAGCCCCAGGAGCCUCUCGGGACGUCACACGGCCUGUGGGCUGUCGCCUUUCUGCAGACUUGGAGCCGGGAGUCAAAGGGAUCCCCCAGGAUGCUGUCCCAGACCCGGCCCUGGAGCCCCUUGGAGAUGCAGGUGUUCCGGAUUCUUGGGGUCCAGGCCAGUCCUGGGCAAGCCCCCAUCCUUUCCAGUGUCCUCGGGCCAUAAUGGUAAUGAUCAGACGCCCCAAGCUAAAUCUUAGGGUUCCCCUUUGACCUCCGCUGUGCCAGGAGUGGACUGGGGUCCAGAGAGACAAGUGCCCCUCGAGGCCAUCUGGCACACGGCAGAGCUGGGCUUAGAGUCCAGGCCCCCCUGAGGCCUCCACGUGGCCGGCACCCGCUCGCUGCCUCCCAAGCGCGUUCUAGGAUCAGAGUGCUCUCUGGUGAGCAGGCGCCCCGUGCCUGGGUUCCCGGUGUCCUUGACCCCCUGCAUGUUCUCCUCCAGCACCCACCACUGUUCCGGGGUCACUCGCCCCCGGGCGUGACCUUGGGGAGGUGGCCCGGUGUCCUUCCCUGGGAAGGGAGGGGAUUGGAGUCAGGCCUCCCUCCAGCCCGGCGACCGUGGUGGCAGCUUGUGAACAGGUACCAGGUGUGGGGGCCGCCCCGAGUCUGAGAGGUCGGUGGCACUGCCUCAGACCGCCACCCUGGCCCCGAGGACGCCAGCCAGACCCUCAGCCAGGAUGCCCUGCAGCCCAUGGUGGCCCCCCACCCCCCACCCCCGGGCCCGCCUGGGGAUCGCAGCUUCCUGAGCCAACCCCGUUCUGCACAAUAGCCGGAAACGCCUUGCUCGGGCUGUGGUCCAGGCGGCCAUGUGUGGCCCUGGGAGGGCUGGGAAGGCUGCUCUGCGUGAGCGCCAAGCCCCCCCCGGUGGCCCUGAGAGCCCCGCCGGCCUGUUGUCUCUGGGCGGACCAUGGCCACCUCCCCACGAAGGCUGGGCUGGCGGGGUGUUCGGGACGCGGGCCACAGCUGGCCAUCAUGCCCAAGGCACGCCCCGCUCUGUGGUCAGGAAGGGACGCCCCACCCCCACCGCGGCCCAGCCAGGAGGCUCCGCCAGGUUCGUAGGGCGAAGCGUAGAGGGCUCAGGGCUGUGUCUGUGCCGAUGUCCACGGGAUCUUAGUGGGUCAGACACAGGGGGUACAGGAGCGCCCCGAACCUCGCCCCCCUCAGCUCCCCACCCCCCACACUUUAAAGGAGCAGUAUCCAGAAGGGAGGGAAGCACCUUCCUCACCGGGCUGAUGCCCGGAGUCGCGGUCCAGCCGGGCCCAGCGCCCCUGCGGGAAGACACAGGUCAGGGACGAGGCUUCUGCCCCUGGAGGCAGAGAGGACGUGAUCCCUCCAGGGGCGGAGAAGCCAGCUGGCCUGUGGCUGGGAGGGGACAGGAAGGUCUCUCUGGGCCGGGCGUCACCGACUGGGAUUGUGUUUUGCCGCUCCAAAAUGGAAAUAGAUGUUUUCUGUGUAUCGUCAGGGCUGUGAAGUGAUACGUGCUGGUUUUGAAAGAGCCGGUGGAUGGGAAGCACGAAAGCUGACGAGAAAGCGGUGCGUCUCGCGUCCCACCGCCUGGCGUUUGCAGGGCUCCUGCGUGCCCGCGACGCCCCGCCGUCCACAGGGGCGAGGGUGCACGGGCCUGCACAGAGCGGCUCCCGCCAGGCCAGCGCGUCCUCGAGGUCAAGCGUGCUCGGGGCUGAGUUAUGUUCAACACUUACAACAAGACACGUACACUUUGCACAAGACUAUUUUUUACCGCGCUUUUGGGUUCACGGCAAUAUUGAGAGGAAAGCACCGCGUUUGCCCGUGGACCCCUGCCCUCACGGCGGGCUCCCCGCCACGGACACCCCACCGGGUGCUGCACUUGUCGCGGACCCACACGGACGCGUCGUCGUCACGCAGAGCCCGGAGCGUGCACGGGGCCGUCCGUCCCGUGGGUUUGGACAGACGUGGGAUAGCACGCACCUGCCGUUCCGUCUCCCACGCGGUGUGCUCGCCGCCCUACCGUCCCGAGCACACAGUUUCGUGUCCGUGCCGUGUGCGGGCCCAGGACGGGUGGCCGCCCACCGCCAAGUGGGAUUCCGCGGUAAGGUGACCGCGGUUUGUAACAGAAGUGGCUCACUUACGGUGUCUCCAAGAGUAAACAUGGAAAUACCACGCGGCACAGCCUGUCCGCUCCUGGGUCCGCGCAGGAAGGCGCUGAUGGCGGCACUGGAAGAUGGAUGGUCGGACACCCGCUGCCUGUGGCUACGGUUCACGACAGCCACCUGUGCGCCCACCGAUGUGCGGGUCGGCGAGGUGGCAUUGCCACACCAUGGGAUAUUGUUCAGGCACAAAAAGCCCUCAAGCGCCCACACGCACCGCCACGUGGAUGGGCCUCAACGAUGUGCACGUAGGAAGGGCGUUGGUGCGUUGGUGCGGGCGGGGGGCCGGGGGCCGGGCGGCCCGCUUGCUGGGUGCGGAGCCUCAGGCUGGCAAGACAAAGCAUUUUGGGGGCCACGUGCCAGUAGGGGCCGCACAGUGGUGUGAGUGCAACAAUGCCGCCAACCUGUGUGUUGUGUACGCGCUCCCACGACUUGAGAGAAGUCAUAAUGAAUUGUGCCAGGGGCGCCCGGGGGGCUCAGCCGGUUACGCGUCCGACUUCGGCUCAGGUCAUGAUCUCGCGGUCUGUGGGUU